AUGGCCCGACCUGAGGCCUUUCAGCGCUAUGGAAAGAAAUACGAUGAUGACCGCUAUUCAUACUCAGAGACGGAUUCUGAUAGUAGUUCUGACAACUCGCCCUCUCUGCCACGAUUUCAACUUCCUAAAGCGAGAACGGACGAUCGAUGGGCUAGGGAUAAGAGGAUGUUGCGAAAGUCGCAGUACGGCAUGCCUUCAAGGGGACAUCUGAAGCCAACAGAUAGCAGUUCAUUAUCGACAAUCCCAUCGAAUUUCUCGUCUUUAUUGGAAUCUACAAAUGAAGAGGAUGAUUUGUCCGAUUUGUACACUCCUGUACAGAAAGCUACGAAGCAUCGUGUACCACCCGUUUUUGCUAUACCCCAAGAAUUGUCACCAGUUAUUGGCGAUUCUAUUGACGAACCACCGGAUGUACCUUCCCUCAGGCUGCAACGAGACUGGCGACCACAGCAAACGUCAACUACCACAUCCUUUCAGCCUUUUAUAUCCUCGUUGCCAAAGACGAAUCCACAUCAUGUCCCAAAAUUUGUCAGUUCUACUCCACGCAUGUCUGUAGCCGGUCGUAUUCCCAUGUACAGUUAUAAUCAGAUUAUUGAAGGAGCCUCACGACCGAGCAGCUAUUAUGGUGAAGAUUCAUGUGAAUUCCCAACAUCAUCGCGCUCUCAGGUUGAGAAUGUGAAACCAACGUUUUAUCGUCCGGAAAACUUUGGAUUGCCGACUGGAGUCGCGAAAAAUGUCGGCAGUGAAGGAAUUUUAUUCUUGUGCAUGACACUGUGUGGCAAUCAACUGAAUGUUAUGAUAAGCGAGGGCGUAUAUUUUCAAGAUCCAUAUCAACCACAGAUUUCUUCGUAUGUUCGGGUUGAGAUGAGACGACGAUGUGGAAAUAGUCGUAAGCGACAUUAUCGUGAGAAAAUUCAAUCGUAUAAAACUCGUAAUUGGAUGGCUACGAAUCGACCAGCAUUCAAUGAGAAGUUCACAUUUUAUAUCGAUGAUGACAAUUACUUCCGUGAUCUGCUAACGAUAAGCGUCUACAAAUUGAAAGCGGACAGUCAUCAACAGCGUAUGCGAAUGUUGGGAUGUAUGACAUUCCCGGUGAAACGGCUGAUGAAGAAGGCCAGAGAAGCGAAUGAUGGUUAUUAUAUUGACGAGAACAUGACGAUGGAUGAAGUUGUAGUGAAUGAAGGUGGAUUUUUCCUGUUGAGCCCUAAGAGAGGUGAAAGGAAGAGUUUCCCCCAGAAUAAAGUGGGUAUUCCUGAUUCGUCAGUUAUUUCUAUGUAA